AUGGCCGGAGCUUCUUCCACGUUCCAAGUGAUGGCAGCCAUUAUGGUGGCCAUUGUCGUGGUGAUUUCAAGCUCCGAAGCUCAGGAUCAUGUGUCGCCGAAGGCGGCAGUUCCAUGCAAGCGGCUUACUCUGGCGAUUACUCCUUGCCGUCGAUACUUAAUGGGAUCGGAAGCAAAGCCUUCAAGACUUUGCUGCCACGGCGUGAAGAACAUUAACGAGGAAUUACAGAGCAAAGAAGACCGGAUCGAUGCAUGCAAAUGCAUGAAACAAGCACUGUCCCUAGUGGGCACAUAUGAUCCUAAUCGCAUUCCUAUGAUUCCUAAACACUGUGGCUACUCUUUCGCCCUUCCUGCCAUUCGUAAGAACACUGAUUGCUCCAGGGCUGUGGAGGGUGGAUUUUAA